CCGUGGAUCGGCCAUCUUGUCCUCCUCGCACGGUACCGCAAGGCACUAUGAGGCGCUUCCCGCUGCCCGUCCGGUGCUUCGCGAAGAGGCUGUACUCACUUAAAGUAGCACCUAAAGUUGCAGUGUCAGCGACUGCAGAGCGGGUGAAGCUGUCUCCGGAUGCUGAGGAUCUGGAGAUCACAAAAUUACCAAAUGGAUUAAUUAUUGCAUCUCUGGAGAACUUUUCUCCGGCCUCGAGGAUUGGUGUGUUCAUUAAGGCGGGUAGCAGAUACGAAACCACUGCUAACCUGGGAACUGCCCAUCUGCUUCGACUCGCCUCCCCUCUGACUACAAAAGGAGCGUCCUCUUUCAGGAUUACUCGUGGCAUUGAAGCUGUUGGGGGCAGCCUAAGUGUGUACUCAACGAGGGAGAAGAUGACGUACUGCGUGGAAUGCCUGCGUGACCACGUUGACACCGUAAUGGAGUACCUCCUUAACGUCACCAUGGCUCCGGAGUUCAGGCCAUGGGAAGUCACUGAUCUUCAGCCCCAGCUGAAAGUUGACAAAGCGGUCGCGUUUCAGAGCCCUCAAGUUGGAGUGCUGGAAAACUUGCAUGCUGCAGCUUACAAGACUGCUCUGGCAAACCCUUUAUACUGCCCAGACUACAGAAUUGGAAAAAUUACAUCCGAGCAGCUUCACCAUUUUGUACAGAACAAUUUCACGAGCGCGCGAAUGGCCCUUGUGGGAAUAGGUGUGAAGCACUCUGACUUGAAGCAAGUCGCAGAGCAGUUUCUAAAUAUCCGAAGUGGAGCCGGCAUUUCCAGCGCAAAGGCUGCCUACCGGGGGGGAGAAAUCCGAGAACAGAGUGGCCACAGCCUUGUCCAUGCUGCUGUUGUAACAGAAGGAGCUGCUGCUGGAAGUGCAGAAGCAAAUGCUUUCAGUGUCCUGCAGCAUGUUUUGGGUGCUGGACCACUUAUCAAGAGGGGAAGCAAUGUUACCAGCAAGCUGUACCAGGGCAUUGCCAAAGUAACCACGCAGCCGUUUGAUGCUUCUGCAUUUAACGUGAAUUACUCAGAUUCUGGGCUCUUUGGGUUUUAUACCAUAUCUCAGGCUGCACACGCUGGGGAGGUCAUCAGGGCUGCUAUGAACCAGCUGAAGGCAGCUGCUCAGGGCGGUGUCACGGAGGAGGAUGUCACAAAGGCAAAGAAUCAGCUGAAGGCUGCCUAUCUGAUGUCAGUGGAGACAGCGCAAGGGCUGCUGAACGAGAUCGGCUCCGAGGCGCUGCUGUCCGGCACGCACACUGCGCCUGCCGUGGUGGCUCAGAAGAUCGACUCUGUAACCUCUGCUGAUGUUGUGAAUGUUGCAAAGAAGUUUGUCAGCGGGAAGAAAUCGAUGGCAGCCAGUGGAGAUCUGGGCAAUACUCCCUUCCUCGAUGAGCUGUAAAAACAAAGCUGGGAUGUGGAUUCAGGAUGGGCCUGACUUGGUCACCUGUGCUUAGAGAAAUUACUAACUUGUUAUUUAUGAAUUCAGUUAUUGGAGAAAAUGAAUCUGGAGUAAUUGUGGGCUUGCACUGAUCAAAUAAAGUGCUGAGUUCAUA